CAGCCCCGAUCGAGUAGCUCCCUCAACCUGGCCAGCCGAUCGACGCGUCUCUGUCACAUUAAUUGCGGUGGUGAUGGCGAUGGCAGCGGCAAUGCCGGUGACGGGAGUGGUCAUGACAUUGUGUCCGGCUCCGACUCCUCGGGAACCGCACGCACAGAUUACGUCGACAUCUGUCGCCUGCAGACACUCGCCAUGAACGAACUUCUGAACAGUACCUCGUGA